AUUGAGCAUUUUUGACCAGCGGUUGAUGAAAUUAGUUCCAGUCUCCUCUUAAUACUGCGCAGUCAGGUGACGUGUGAUGGCAAAACUUUGAGAAAGAUCUGAAAGAACUCCUUGUUCUAUUUGUAAAUUUUAACAACAUUUCAUAAUGAAUCAAGGUGAAUUUUACUCAGAAAAUCAAGAAUUCUACCAAGGAGGGUUCUAUAAUGCUCCAUAUGGCGAUCCUUCACAACAGUAUGGAGGUAACUACGCUCAACAAGACACAACAGGUCAGUACCAAGCCAGCUUUGACAACUCGGGCAUAUACCAACCUCAACAUUAUCAACCAAACGAUUAUUCUGGGUCUAUGAAUCAAAAUUUCUCCAAUGUUUCUGAAAACUACGGAGGUACAAGCUUUGAAGAUGAGCCGCCAUUACUGGAAGAAUUAGGCAUCAAUUUUGAUCACAUUUGGGAGAAAACAAAAUCAGUCUUAAAUCCAUUUAAAGAAACUGAUUCACAUAUCAUGGAUGAUACCGAUCUUGCUGGUCCUUUGGUGUUUUGUCUUGCAUUUGGUGCUCUGUUGUUACUGCAGGGGAAAGUGCAUUUCGGGUAUAUCUAUGGCUUUGGUGUCUUGGGUUGUGCCAGCAUGUAUGCCGUAUUGAAUCUAAUGAGUAUGACUGGUGUUUCUGCUGGAUGUGUUAUCAGCAUUCUUGGAUAUUGUCUCCUGCCUGUGGUUGCAUUAUCAGGAAUCACCAGUAUUAUCAAACUACAGGGUUUGGUUGCCAUUUUGCUAAGUGCACUAGGAAUUGGCUGGUGUAGUUUAUCUGCAUCAAAGUUCUUUGUGACCGUCUUAGCAAUGGACUCUCAGCAGUUAUUGGUAGCAUACCCAUGUGCACUGCUUUAUGGUGUGUUUACAUUAUUGACAGUGUUUUAGGCAAGGGACACAAUGGUGAAAUAUUACAUAUAUAAAAACAUAGUCAUGAACAGUCUAUUACAUUAUAGAACACAGCUGUGACAUAGAAGACAAUGAUUAUUGCAAAACAAGAUGUUAAAAAGUUGUAUUCACAAAAUAAUAAAAAUAAAAAGGAUGGGUUAAUAGUGAAAAAAUUUAAUUAACCAAUACUAUUACUGACUGCUGUUUAUACUGUAGGCAAAAAAUAUAUACUCAUUACCAGGGUUUCCAGUUUCCCGACCUACCUAGCUUCUAGCCACUGAAAUCACCGAGCCUAUUCUUUUUAUCUGAAGUUUUCAAAGAGCAACAUUUCGCACCCAGUCC